CAAUUAUCCAAUUUUGACAAACUUUGACCGAGGUCGUCUGUGACUGAUGAUCAAUAAUACUUUGAUCGAAUGGACAGGGUAUCACCACGGAUGGAUAAGUAAUAACAUCUCUGCAUAUUCUACAGACUUUGCGCUAUUAAAACAAUUUGCAAAAUGAGUGAUAACUCCAAUGGUGACAGGAGUGAUAUAAAACUCACUGAAUCCAACAACAAUAGUCUAGAAGCUGGAGCUGAUAAUAACAAUGGGUGUAUUGUCUCGUGGGGCUGUGGGGAGUUCGGACAGCAUGGCCAGGGUAACACCAACAACGUAAACGCGGAGGCAUCUUUCAUGAGUGACUUUUAUGAGAAGAUCAAAUCCAGAGGAAAGUCGGGAGAGAUUUCUUCAGGACAGGCUGUCAAAGGGUUGAAGGCAUUUGCAUGUGGAUCCAGCCAUUCUGUAGUUGUGACAGAUUCUGAUGAGAUUUAUACAUGGGGUAAUGGCAACAGUGGUCAACUUGGUUGUGGAAAUAAAGAAACGCAUCUCACACCCCAGAGGGUUCAACUACCCAGCGAAGGCAAAGUGUCGCCCAUCAAAGGCGUAGCUUGUGGGAGUCGUCAUACCACCCUGUGGUUAGAGAACGGCGUGUGCUUCAGCUGGGGAAACAACUUCUAUGCACAGCUUGGAUAUGAUUUCCGAAUAGAAAACUAUAAAGAUAAUCAGGUCUUGCCUCAUAAGUUGAGUCCCAUUGCACAUCAGAAAGUCAAGCAGAUAGCCUGUGGAGAGAAGCACACCUUGUUCCUGUAUGAAACGGGUAUCGUGGCUGCAUGUGGAUCAAAUAGCUUUGGACAGCUCGGAUCCGGUGACCUGGAAGAGCGAGUUUCACCCAAGUCUCUGGAGUCACUAGAGGGGGUAGUUUACAUUGCCUGUGGGGCAAACCAUAGUUUAGUGGUUACAGACACUGGGGAACUUUUCGCGUGGGGUUUGGGUCGAGCGUGCGGAUAUCGCCGGCAGGACGUCUUACAGCCAGUUCGCAUGAUGACUCGUCAGAGCAAUGUGGUCAUGGCAUCGGGCGGCUGUGCACAUUCAGUGGCUCUAACAGGUAAGUCCAUUGUCUUUGACACUCCUUUGUCGCGGCGACGUGUGGUCGCCAUAUUGACUGGAAAGGAUCGGUCACAUGAGGGCGCUGUUGUAUCACUGUGA